CUUUCGGGUUUGGAUGGUGGAGCUCAAGAAAUUUCACAAGAUAUACUGCGAAAUAUCCGAAAAAACAUUAACAAUUCUAAAGUUAAUGAGCAAUUAGAAUUAGAAAGUAGUGAGAUUUCUAAAGAAGAAAAGGCUCAUGAAAUUCUUAGUAGCUUUCUUACCUGGCGACAUAACAAAAAAACUACAAAUACAACCAAAUUUACAAAUUUACAAAGCAAAUUUAGUUAG